GGGUGGUGAGGUGAUGAAUUAUCAAACAUGAUAGGCAUUACUGAUAGCGUUGAGGAAAUCGGAUCUCGCGAACUUUAAUUUCCAAACAAAACAACCUUAUUAACCUACAACCCAUUCCAUUCCAUCACUCGUCAACCCCUCAACCCCUCAACCCCUCGACUUUACCACAAUCUCUCGACGUCGCACUAUCCCUCGACGAUAACCCGCAAUCCUUUUCAAAACACCAUCAUCAUGGCCGAUACCGAAAUGGAUGUCGAUGCGCCUUCAUCACCACAGGAGCAACGAAAUGACACCAAGAAUGCCUCUAUGACAACUCAUUCAAAUGCGACAGCUGUGCGAUCUAUCGAAGGCUGGAUCAUCAUCGUUACCAAUGUACAUGAAGAAGCUAGUGAGGAGGACUUGAAUGACAAAUUCGCAGACUUUGGAGAGAUCAAGAAUCUUCAUUUGAACCUCGAUAGAAGAACUGGAUACGUCAAGGGUUACGCAUUGAUCGAAUACCCAACAUUGGACGAGGCAAGGGCCGCUAUUGAUGGUGCGCAUAAUACCAAGUUGCUGGAACAGACUGUCGAGGUGGACUUUGCAUUUGUUAGACCGCCACCAGGAGGAAAGGGUAGAGGAGGUCGGGCACCUGCCAAAGGUAGAGCAAGAAGCCGAUCACGUAGUCCCAGUGGUAGAGAAGGGGGCGAUUGA